CGAGCGAGGGGGAGUGCACGGCGAGCCUCGCGCUGGGUGGCCUGCGCCGAGCCGCUGACCCUCUCUGAGCCUUUAUGGGAAGCGCGGAGAGGGAUUCCGGCAUCUGCGCUUGCAGGGACCGGAGGGAUUGGUGGGAAUAAAGACUCGGUGUUCACGGUUCUGUUCCAGGAGUUUAAUUGCCUCUUGCAGCUUCACUGAACUCCGGCCCGUGCUUCCUCCAGGAUGGAUACAUGGACGGUGCUGCUGGUCCUGCAGACCAUGUCACUCCCACUCCUAGCUCACUCUGCAGCCCACACUUCCACUCUGAGAUUUGUGGCUGUGGGUGACUGGGGAGGGGUCCCCAACGCCCCGUUCCACACAGCCCGGGAAAUGGCCAACGCUAAAGAGAUGGCCAGAACUGUGCAGAUUAUGGGUGCUGACUUUAUCCUGUCCCUGGGGGACAACUUCUACUUCACUGGAGUGCACGAUGCCAACGACAAGAGGUUCCAGGAGACCUUCGAGGAUGUGUUCUCCGACCGUGCCCUCCGCAACGUUCCCUGGUAUGUGCUGGCUGGGAACCAUGACCACCUUGGCAACGUCUCAGCACAAAUUGCCUACUCCAAGAUCUCCAAGCGCUGGAACUUCCCAAGCCCUUACUACCGUUUGCAUUUCAAAAUUCCUCGGACGAACAUAACUGUGGCCAUCUUCAUGCUGGACACAGUGAUGCUGUGCGGCAACUCUGAUGACUUUGGCAGUCAGCAGCCCAAAAUGCCCCGAGACCUGGGAGUGGCCCGCACUCAGCUGUCCUGGCUCAAAAAGCAGCUGGCGGCAGCCAAGGAGGACUACGUUUUGGUGGCCGGCCACUACCCGAUCUGGUCCAUUGCAGAGCAUGGGCCCACCCGCUGCCUGGUCAAGAACCUGCGGCCGCUGUUGGCCACAUACAGGGUCACUGCCUACCUGUGUGGACACGACCACAACCUGCAGUAUCUUCAGGAUGAGAAUGGUGUGGGCUAUGUGCUGAGCGGAGCCGGCAACUUCAUGGACCCCUCCGUGCGACACCAACGCAAGGUCCCCAACGGCUACCUGCGCUUUCACUAUGGCUCCGAGGACUCCCUGGGCGGCUUCACAUUCGUGGAGAUAAGCGCCAAAGAGAUGAGUAUCACCUAUGUGGAGGCUUCUGGAAAAUCACUCUUCAAGACCAGCCUCCCCAGGCGACCCAGACUCUGAACUCUGAACUUCUGCUUGUCCUCCGAUGGGUCUAAGGCAGGGAACUUCCGAGAGCACAGUGGGUGGGCCCCGGGAGGUCCCCGCCCGCAGGCAGCUUUUUCUCUGGCCCCUGGUGCUCCGGCAGAGUGUGAAGGGGAACCUCAGAGGCUGACAAACAUGAAAGAAGUGUGUGCACCCCGACUCGCCCCCUCCCAAGCCGGGCUCACCCCUGCCUGAGGUUUGGGGCUAGAACUUUUUUGGAGUAGGGCUUUCUUCUAAAUCAAGCAUCUUACUGUCACUGCUGCUCAAUAAAAGAAUCGUUGUCGAGGC